AAGCCCGUAGGUCUCCUCUUGUCGGUAGACCGCAAGCCUCACCAUUCCUCCGUCAAUCCGCCUUCAAUUUCAACACUUUCCCCAAUUUUCCCUCCUGGGUCUUGUCAGUCACCCCCCGAUCUGCAUUCAAUGCUCUGAUGGAUUAACCCCGGAGUGCGGCAAAGCUAUAGCAGCAGAAGGGUCCCCCUUCAAUAGCUACGGGUCACUGGUAAAAUUUUCGACUGGGUAAGUAGAAGAGCAAUGGAGGGUCUGAUUUGAUGGACUUGACGACCGUUGCUAAGGAGAGGGAGAGAGGGAGCAGAGGGGCGGACAAGCUCAGGGACAAGAAGAUGAAACUCAAAUGGAGGGCUUCUUCGUGCCUUCCCAAGAACAGCAGCUUGGUCCUCAAGCUGGCAGCUGUGUUCCUGUUGUUGGGUUUUGGUUUUAGGAUCUUGUUUCGCUCCUAUACUGAUUCUCUGGAUCGGAUUGAGGCGCCAUUGAUGAUUGACAGGAGGGAUAUCCCGGAACCGGCGAUGACAGUUGAUGCUGCACAUCCUGCCGAGGAGGAGUCAUCGCUACAGAGUCAGGAUCAGGUGACUGUAGAAGAAAAAUGUGAUCUUUUUACGGGUGAUUGGAUCCCCAACCCCUCGGGGCCUAUUUAUACCAAUGAGAGCUGCCCCCUCAUUGAAUCCCCUCAGAACUGUAUGAAGAAUGGGAGGCCCGAUACUGGGUACUUAUACUGGCGAUGGAAUCCACGGUCUUGCGAGUUGCCUCCGUUUGACGCUGGGAGAUUUCUUGAACUGAUGAGGAAUAAGACAUGGGCGUUAAUUGGCGAUUCCAUCUCCCGAAACCAUGUGCAGUCCGUGUUGUGCAUGCUCUCAACGGUGGAAAAACCGAUCGAAAUGUACCAUGAUGAGGAGUACAAGUCCAGGAGAUGGCAUUUUCCCUCCUACAACCUGACCAUCUCUGUUGUCUGGUCCCCUUUCCUCGUAAAAGCUGCCAUCUUCGAAGACAUGAACGGGGUCUCAACUUCUGAGGUCAAGCUCUAUCUCGACGAGCUUGAUUCAAAAUGGACCAAUAUGUACCAGAAUAUCGACUACGUGAUAAUAUCAACUGGAAAAUGGUUCCUCAAGUCCUCAAUCUAUUACGAGAAUGACACUAUUUUAGGUUGCCACAACUGUGAUCAGAGUAGAAAUUUGACUGAGCUCAGGUUUGAUUUUGCUUACGAGAAGACUCUUCACAAGGUGAUGGACUUCAUAUCAAACUCCAAUCACAAGGGCUCGAUCUUCUUCAGAACGUCAACUCCCGAUCAUUUUGAGAAUGGGGAAUGGCAUAAUGGGGGAACCUGUCCGAGGAAGGCACCGGUCAAAGAAGGCGAGUUCGAGCUCAAGCCUGUGAACAGGGUCUUACUGGAAAUUGAAUUGAGGGAGUUUGAGAAGGCAAGGAAGCAAGCAGAGAGGAACGGGGUGAAGCUGAGGCUUCUUGAUUUCACAAACCUUUCAUUAUCGAGACCUGAUGGGCACCCAGGACCGUACCGCAAGUUCCAACCCUUUGCUCGAGACGUGAAUGCUACAGUCCAGAAGGAUUGUCUGCACUGGUGCCUGCCCGGGCCCAUUGAUGCAUGGAACGAUGUGAUAAUGGAAAUGGUCGUGAAUGCUGAUUGAGAGCGGUUCUAGGAGUCACACGGUGAUAUGAAAGUGGUAGUACUCAUCAUUUGUGCCUUGUGAAUAGAAUACUCGAAAAAAGCUUCUUUUUUGUAUUUGUCUAAAGGUAUAUCAUGUCAGUGAGGCCACGUUUUCUUAUGUUUCUGUCACAUGGAGUGGCCAUUAAGCAGAAGGAGAAAAACUCAUAUGAAUUGGAUUUCGACAAAUCUCAUCCUAUUGACCAAUAUUAAUUCCAGUCAAGGUGUAAGUUUUGGCCCUGCU